CAUUGAUGUAAAUGGGAUUUAAUCCGAUGUCAUACCUGAACCUUGAGGUCUUGGGACUUGGAAGUAGGACAUGGGGUCAUUAGCUAUUCGUGUGAAGCAGGUCGGUGUUUAUCAAGUACCAAUUAGUUUUGCUUUGAUGAAGAAUGCCAUGCUCAGAAGUGCGUUUUGGGCUUAUAACAGUGUACGCCAACGAUCUACUAAUGUGAGCUUGCUUACUCUCCCACUUAAUAUCCGAAGGAUUGGUACAGUUCAUUGCACUUUUGGUUCAUCUUCUAACGGAAGCGGUAACAUAACCGAAAAGGAAAAUGAUGAGGAUUAUGUCAACUCCAAUGUAAUUGAAGCUGUGGAGGUGAAAAGUGGUUUAGAUGGCUUGACACUAAAGAUGAGAGAUGGCAGCUUCUUGAACUGUGUCUAACAUAACAGCCCUCAAAGUGACCAACUUCCAGAUUAUGCACCGCACCCAGCCAUUGUGCUUAAGAUGGAAGAUGGAACGGGUCUUUUUCUUCCAAUAAUCAUUUUGGAGAGGCCUAUUGUGUUGCUCAUGGCUGCUAUGCGUAAUAUACAUAUUGUUAGGCCAACAAUGUAUCAGAAUAUGAAGGAAAUGAUUGAGAAGAUGAGAUACACACAGCACAGGUGCCUAUACAAGUCAACAGGAACUUGGCUCAAAGUGAUGGUAUGAAGAUUGUUGAAUCUCCAAGGGCCUUGCAUAAGUAUUCAUGUCAAUCACAGAAGGAUUAGUGACAUUAAAGAGGAUGUAAAUACAUUUCAAACAAAGCCAAAGCAGAUGCCUUCUGAGAAAGAGGAGUUGCUAAAUGCUGCAAUAUAUUGAGUGGAUGCACUAGAUGCCAGGUUGAGUGCAACCAGAAAGGAGAGAAGGUUCAGCUGGUGAAGAAUGGGUCGCUGCUUACGAGAAACUUGCCAUAUUCUUUGAGUCUCUUUCUCAGCAGUGUGAAUUGCUGUAGAGUUCUGAUUAACAGAGAAUUUUCCUAUAUUUCUGAACAGUAAUGAUGUGAUGGAUGUUAUAGUUUUCUGUUGAGGUUAAUAUUCAUAGAAAUGAGAGAAAAGUUAGUAUGGUCUACUAUUAACAUAUCAUGUGAUUGCCUUUCUGAAUCAAACAAAUUUCAUAGGUGUAA